AUGUCCGGGCGUUUUGUGCGUAAUUCCAAAUAUCGCCACGUCUUCGGGCGUCCGACGAAAAAGGAACAAUGCUAUGAUAACCUCCGAGUGUCGAGAAAUGCCUGGGAUACCAACCUGGUCAAGGUCAACCCGAAACAUCUGGCCGUCAAUUGGGAAUCCGGUGGUGGUGGAGCAUUCGCUGUGAUCCCUCUCGAGGAACGAGGCAAAUUGCCCGAACGAAUCCCUUUGUUCCGUGGUCACACUGCGGUCGUCCUGGACACGGACUGGAACCCUUUCAACGAUGAUUUGAUUGCGUCGGGGUCUGAUGACGGCAAGGUUUUUCUCUGGCGGGUUCCAGAAGACUUUACGGUCCGCCCAGAUGUAGCCGCAGAUGAUGUUCAAGACAUCGCACCUGUCGGGAAGCUGAGCGGCCACCCUAAGAAGAUCGGCCACGUGCUUUUCAACCCCGCGGCAGAAAACAUACUGGCAACGGCCUCGGGCGACUAUACCGUGAAGAUUUGGGACAUUGAGGCGGGCGCACCCAAGCUGACCCUAAACAUCGGCGACAUCGUUCAAUCGCAGUCGUGGAGUGCCAACGGGUCGCUGAUGGUUACCACCUCACGCGACAAGAAGCUGCGGAUAUGGGAUGUGCGCCAGGAACGUCCAGCGCAUGAGACUGCGGGCCAUUCGGGUGCCAAAAACAGCCGUGCCGUCUGGCUUGGGGAACGCGACCGGAUCGCGACCACCGGUUUCUCCAAAAUGAGUGACCGCCAGCUUGCCCUGUGGGAUAUCCGCGCCGCGCGUGAGCCCAUCAGUGGUUUCAAGACACUCGACUCUAUCUCCGGCGUGUGCAUGCCCUUCUGGGACGAAGGCACCAGUUGCUUGUACCUGGCUGGACGAGGUGACGGCAACAUUCGGUACUUCGAAAUCGAGAACGACAAGUUUGAAUUCCUCUCCGAAUACAAAUCCGGAGACCCGCAGCGCGGCAUUGCGUUUAUGCCCAAGCGUGGCGUCAACAUGCACGAGAACGAAGUGGCCCGCGCCUUCAAGACGGUCAAUGACAGCUACAUUGAACCAAUCUCGUUCAUUGUCCCUCGCCGAUCGGAAAAUUUCCAGGACGACAUCUAUCCGCCGACGAUUGGAGUUACCCCUGCCAUGGGUCCUUCUGAAUGGCUGUCCGGUAAGGAGGCGAUCCCGCCCAAGAUCUCUAUGGCCAGUCUGUACGACGGCCAAGGACUCAAGGAGGUGUCGGGAGUCCAGGACAAGCCAACUGGUGCCAUGGAUGCCCCCACUCCUAAGCAGGCCGAGCCUAUGAAGACGACUGAACCGGCCCCGAAGAAGGCUCCUGAGCCUGAGCCUACACCUACCCCCGUGGCCCGCCCCGCUCCAUCCAUGAAGGAUCAGGGGGCAUCCAUGGCCGCCAUGGUAUCCAAGUUUGCCGACGAUGAGGAGGAGGCUGCUGCAGCAGAGGACGACUCGAGCUUUGAGGAAGUUCCUCAACCGACGGAACGUGCCGCUCGCUCUGCGGCUGCCGAAACCUCCUCGCCUCGCGUCAGUAGCCCACUGAGGCCCAAGGAGCCGGAACCUAAACCGGAGCCUCGUGUUGUGGUAUGCGAACACUCUCAUGUCUACCCCAUCAAUUGUCGUGAUCCAUGCUCACAAGCCCAGACCCCCACUAUCCCAUCUCCUGCAAGCGAGGCGAGUCUUCCCGCGGUCACCGUUCACCGCGAGAUCGAAGAGAUCAAGAAUUUGAUCGCAGAGCAGACCAAGACGAUUGCCUCGCAGGCACAGCAGAUGCAAAAACUGGCAUCUGAAGUUGAAUCGUUGAAGAGCAAGCUGGAUUAA